AUGUUGUUCACAAAGGGUUACACUUCUUCCCUAUAUGCCAUUGCUGAGCUAUUUGUUAAAUAUAUUGAAUGCUCAGGUCAAGUUUGUAAUCCUUCCAAAUCCAUUUUGUAUGCAGGUUCCAUGAGUACUGUGAGACAUGGAUUAUUGGCUACCAGGAUUGGUUUCAAGAUGGGGUUUCUUCCUUUUCUUUAUCUCGGGUUUCCUAUUUUCAAAGGAAAGCUCAAAGCUUCUUAUUUUCAACCGGUUGUUGUCAAGAUCAAGAACAAGCUGGCUGCUUGCAAGGUUAAUUUGUUGUCUAUAGAUGGAAGAUUUCAACUGUUUCUAGAUUUAAAGAGAGGAGAGGAUGCAAGUAUUCCAAAUUUCCAACAUGAUGAGUUAUUAUUGUCCUUAGACGUAGCUAUUACGUUCCAAAUUCUCAUAUUCACAUUUCCACAAACACAAAACCUUCAUUCUCAAGCCAACUUUCUUCAUUUCAAUCACACAAUCUCAAUCCUAAAACCAAACGUAGAUACCGUUUUCUGUUUCAUUCAACGUUUUGCUUCACAUCACCAUUCUCUUUUCUCUAACUGUGUCGACAUGACACAGAACACCAUCACUUACCCUCAUUGGUAUUCAUCAAAAACUGGUGUUUACAAUAGUAUUCACUCUCCUGUAAACCUUCCAACCGACCCUUUUGUUGACAUUGUUUCCUUCCUUUUUUCUCAUUCUCAUGAUGGGCUUUUAGCUCUCAUUGAUUCCUCAUCUGGGUCUUCCAUUUCUUACUUAAAGCUGUUACCUUUAGUUAAAACCAUGGCUUCUGGUUUGAACGAAAUGGGUGUGAAACAAGGUGAUGUUGUUUUGCUUUUACUUCCAAAUUCAAUUUACUAUCCUGUUAUACUAUUGGCUGUUCUUUAUUUAGGUGCUGUUUUUACACCAUUGAAUCCUCUUAGUAGUGUUUCUGAAAUUCGCAAGCAGGUUAAUGAGUGUGGUGUGAGUUUUGCUUUUACUGUACCUGAAAAUAUCAAGAAACUAGAGAUAUUAGCCUUUCCUGUUAUUGCUGUGCCAGAAAAUGACAAGGCUUUGAAGAAUGAGUGUUUCUCUUGUUUUUUUAGCCUUAUUUAUGGUAACUUUGAUUUGCCUCAAAGGCCAAUUAUUAAGCAAGAAGAUACUGCUGGUGUGUUGUAUUCUUCUGGGACCACAGGUGGGAGCAAAGGAGUUGUUUUGACUCAUAGAAAUCUUAUUUCUAUGGUUCAGCAUUUUGUAAGAUUUGAAGCUUUGCAAUAUGAAUACUCCUGUUCCAAGAGUGUGUAUCUAGCUGUUUUGCCAAUGUUCCAUGUAUAUGGUUUAUCGCUGUUCGCCGUUGGAUUAUUGUCGUUGGGUUCUACAAUCGUUGUAAUGAGGAAAUUUGAUAUUGAUGAGGUUAUUAAAGUGAUUGUGAAAUAUAAUGUUACACACUUUCCUGUUGUUCCACCGAUGUUAACGGCGUUGACAAUGAAGGCAAAGGGUGUUAAUGGAAGUAAGUUGCAGAGUUUGAGACAGGUCUCCUGUGGUGCAGCGCCUUUGAGCACAGAAGUUAUUAAUGGUUUUGUCCGUGCUUUCCCUGAUGUUGAUUUUAUACAGGGGUAUGGAAUGACAGAGUCGACCGCGGUAGGAACACGGGGCUUCAAUACUGAAAAAUUUCACAACUAUUCUUCAAUAGGAUUGUUAGCUCCAAACAUGGAGGCAAAAGUUGUAGACUGGAUCAAUGGUGCCCUUUUGCCCCCAGGCAGCAGCGGCGAGCUUUGGUUGAGAGGGCCUUCGAUCAUGAGAGGAUACUUGAAUAACAAGGAAGCUACAAUGUCAACAAUCGAUAAAGAUGGUUGGCUACGAACUGGAGAUAUUGUUUAUUUUGAUCAAGAUGGAUAUGUACAUUUGUCUGACCGUUUGAAAGACAUUAUCAAAUACAAGGGUUUUCAGAUUGCUCCUGCUGAUUUAGAAGCUGUGUUAAUUUUGCAUCCGGAAAUAGUUGAUGUUGCUGUUACAGCUGCCAAAGAUGAAGAAAUCGGGGAGAUUCCAGUUGCAUUUGUGGUCAAGAAGGUUGGAAGUCCACUUUCUCCGAAGCAUGUUAUUGAUUACGUUGCCAAACAGGUUGCUCCAUACAAGAAGGUUCGUAAAGUUUUCUUCACCAACAAGAUACCAAGGUCUCCGACUGGGAAGAUCCUCCGAAGAGAACUCACACAUUGCUUGAAUUCUAAACUCUAAAGAUUUUUUUUAGCACGAUACUGAAAAUUACCGGAGACGAUACAUAGGUUUGUCAUAACAUGAAAUCGGUCGACUAUAAUUUUUUUUAGAGUAUAUGCAUCAUGAGUAUAUCAAAGAGUAGGAGACCCAGAAAAACACCUUGAAUCAAACAUUAGGUCUUAAUAUUAAGUUACCAAUUUUUUUAUUCUGCACAUCUUAUUUAUUUAUGAAUAACAAAGACUAGAAGUCCAAAAAACACCUUUAAUCACUUAUAAUAAGAGAGAGAUCCUAUGUGUCAGUUGGAAAUAAAAGAUAAUGGGUGUGAUUGAGGGACAAGAAAACUAUUUAUUUCUAUGUUCAAAGUGGUUAUAGAGAUUCAAUAUUGAAUUUAUUGGGAACUAGAAUGUACUGCUUUCUUGGUUUAUGUUGUUUAUGUUCUUGGGUUUUAUGCUGAAAUGUUUGAGUUUAUAGGUUU